AUGGAUCCUGAAAUAUUAUUAUAUGUUAAUAAAGCACAACUUUGCGAUGACGAAGCUCGCCUUCUUUUCAAUCCUCCUUGUCAACUCUAUUUGCAAAUCAUUGGAUUUAUUUCGCCUAAUCCUAAUAACGUUAAUUCUAUAGAUAUCCCAAAAUCUCAAAACGCUUUUCUCUUAUACCGCAAAAAUUAUGCUGCAAAACGUAAAUCUCUUGGGUGUAGAAAGAAUUGGAAAAUUAUUUCAAAGGAAGCCGGAGAUGCCUGGAAGAAGGAAUCGGACAAAUGUCAUUCUGGGAAAUCAACUACCAAAAAAAUUUAUCUUUGUUACUCAACAACAACCGGAACCACAAAAAGAAAAUUCUUAUAA